CACGUCUCCUUGGAUGAUUUCGUGCGUUCUCUGCACUGAACCAGGGCAUUCUCCCGUGAUCGCAGCAGAAGGAAAUAGUAGUGAGCAAUGAUGGUCCCUGACAUAAAGGACGAACCUUAGUUCUUUCUUACUUCAGACACACAGAGAGAUAAACCGUCCCAUAAACACAAAGUCGCUGCUGCCUUUUUGUUGCCUGUGUCUGCAAUUCAACUCUGCUUCCAAAUUGAUCCAUCUUGGGGAGAUCUGGCGGUAAUUCGGUUUCAGCGCCUCAAUAUCUCUCCCCAGUACCUUCCACCUGAUUGACCUGUUUUGCUAUCCGCGACGAUGAACAAGAGGCCAAGAACGAGCAUCGACAACGCAGUAGUCGACGUCUGGCAGCGAGAGGUCGGCCAGCUCUCUGGCAGGAAUUUCGCCCAUCGCCUCGGCGGUUCUGAGGAUCUUGUCCUUCGACUUGAUUUACACAGGAAGCUGGAAAAGCACAGAGGUUGUGUAAACACUGUAGGCUUCAAUGGAGAGGGUGACAUUUUGGUGUCAGGAUCUGAUGACCGGAGGGUUAUCCUCUGGGACUGGGAGACUGGGCAUACAAAGUUUUCCUUUCAUUCUGGUCAUGUUAACAAUGUUUUCCAAGCAAAAUUUAUGCCCCACUCAGAUGAUCGAAGCAUUGUGACUUGUGCUGCUGAUGGACAGGUGAGACAUGCACAAAUUCUGGAACGUGGAGGAGUGAAAACUAAGAUGCUAGCCAAGCAUCAAGGACGCGCUCACAAGUUGGCCAUUGAGCCUGGUAGCCCUCAUAUAUUCUAUACUUGCGGUGAAGAUGGAUUGGUACAGCAUUUUGAUCUGAGAACUGGAGCUGCAACAGAACUUUUUACUUGCCAGCCAAUUAAUGAUAGGAGUUACAGGCAAGUCAUCCAUCUAAAUGCAAUUGCAAUUGAUCCAAGGAACCCCAAUCUCUUUGCGGUUGCUGGAUCAGAUGAGUACACUCGACUUUAUGAUAUUCGCAAGUACAAAUGGGAUGGAUCCACUGAUUUUGGUCAACCUUCUAACUUCUUUUGCCCUCCUCACUUGAUUGGUGACGAACAAGUUGGAAUAACAGGCUUGGCCUUUUCUGAACAGAGUGAAUUGCUAGUGUCCUACAAUGACGAGUUCAUUUAUCUUUUUACACACGAUAUGGGCUUGGGACCCAACCCAGUUCCUGGGUCCCCAGUUUCUAUGAACAGUGAUGCAAGUGAAAUGGGAGGUGAUCAUUGCUCUGCAGCAUCUGUAUCGAACAUGGAUAUGGAUGAGAAAAUGACUUCUCAAGUUUUUAAGGGGCAUAGAAAUUGCGAGACAGUGAAGGGUGUUAAUUUUUUUGGGCCUAAAUGCGAGUAUGUGGUGAGCGGGUCAGACUGUGGCCGGAUUUUCAUCUGGAGAAAGAAGGAUGGAAAGCUUAUUCGUGUAAUGGAAGCAGAUAAGCAUGUAGUGAAUUGCAUUGAAUCUCAUCCUCAUACAAUGGUUCUUGCAAGCAGUGGAAUUGAUAAUGACAUCAAGAUAUGGACUCCCAAGGCCUUAGACAAAGCUACUUUACCCAAAAACAUCGAGCAGAAGGUUCCCAUAUUUGAUCAAAUUCAUUGGUUUACAAUUGGUGAUGGAUGAUGAUGAUACGACGAUGAUGAUGACGAUGACGACGACGACAACGAUAUUGAUGAAUAUGAUGAUUUCUAUGAUGAUGAUGAUGAUUGGCGAUGAUGAUGAUGGCGACGACGAUAAUGGGUGUGACUCUGGUGAGGAGAGGACAAUAUUGUGGAUGAUGAUAUUGAUUAUGAUGAUGGCAAUGGUGAUGGUGAUGAUGAAAUCAACAAUGGUGGUGAUAAUAACAAUGAUGAUGCUGGUGGUGUUAUUUGUGACAAUGGCGACAAUGAUAAUUUUGCUGGUGAUUCUAAUGUUGCUAUUGAUGAUAAUUUUGUGUGUCCAACAGAAACCAAAGGCAAGGGGCUGGAUGCACCGGAUGGGGCCUCCUCAAGAUCUGAUGUUGCAGCUACUUUCACUUCCAACGCGGAGGACUAGCACAGAGCACGACGGAGAAAACUCAGCCGCAGGUCAGCAGCUUCUACA